AUGCACGAUUCGAAAAUUCAGGUCGGAUUGAAGAAAUUGCCACUGCACCUGCAGCCAAGUUGGAACUCAGCUAACAAUACCUGGAGGUGUCAGAAUUAUAGAAGCCGCCGGGAAAAUGGUCAUACCAGGUGUGUUUUAUCAUCCGAUCUCACAGUCUCUUCCUCAGGUGGCGUCGAUCCCCAUACUCACAUGCAGAUGCAGUUCAUGGGCACAGCAUCGGCAGACGACUUCUAUACUGGGACAAAAGCUGCAUUGGCUGGUGGAACAACAACAAUAAUCGACAUAGUUCGCCCCUCGCGUGGUGAAUCCAUAUUGAAGGCUUACGAUCAUUAUCGCGAAUGUGCCGAUCCGAAAGUGUGCUGUGAUUAUGCGCUACACGUGAUCGUUCCCCACUUUGAUGAAAAAGUGGCCGAGGAGAUGGAGCUUCUUGUGAAGGAGAAAGGAGUCAACUCUUUUGAAGCGUUUAUGGCCAACCUUGAUGAUUUGCUUUUGGAAGAUGAUGAUUUGUUCAAGGUGUUCCUUAAGGCAAAAGAACUCGGGGCCUUAGCUAUGGUGCAUGCAGAAAAUGGGAAAUUAAUCAAAGCAUUGCAAGAUACAGUGUUCAAGAAGGGUAUAACCGGACCAGAGGGACAUCUCUAUUCUCGACCUGAA